AUGGAAACAUUGAAGAAGAAUCCGUCAAUCAGAAGAAAAAGCAAGCUAGCGAGAACAUUUCAGAAGGUAUGCAGCCUGAGGACGACGUCGACGAAGGUGUCGUCCAACAACGGAAUCGGCAUCUGUAUGUUGAAGUCACAGAAUCCAAACUUCGUCGAUGAGGAUGACGAUGGAGAUUCCGUCUUCGAUCUGAAGAGUACUUCGAGCAGCAGGAGUGGAGAGAUUAAGGUGCGAGAGCGGCAGAGAGCCGUCUUAGAAGCGGUGGUUGCGAAAAUCUUCGCCAGCACGACUACCAUUAAAGCCGCGUACGCAGAGCUUCAGAUGGCGCAGCGUCCGUACGACAACGACGCGAUACAGGCGGCGGAUACGGCGGUGGUCGAGGAGCUUAGGGCCUUGUCGGAGCUGAAACGGAAUUUUCUGAGGAAGGAGCUGAAUCUGUCUCCUCAAGUGGCGAUUAUGCUCGCUGAGAUCCAGGAGCAGCAGAGCUUGAUGAGGACGUACGAAAUCACAAUCAAGAAGCUCGAAUCGGAAGUUACGGAGAAGGAAUCGAGAAUCGAUUCGUUGACGACGAACCUCGAAGAAAACUCGGCGUUUAAUAAAUCGCUGGAGAAGAAACUCACGGCGAGUGGAUCCAUCUCUCUGUUCGAUAGCAUCCAGUUUUCGAAUUUGAAUUUAAGCCACUUCGUUCAGAUUCUAGGUUUUACGUUGAGAUCCGUACGGAGCUUCGUCAAAUCGAUGGUGAAGGAAAUGGAAUCGGCGGGCUGGGAUCUCGACGCCGCCGCUUCCGCCGCCUUAUCGACAACCGUCCGAAACGCCCCCACCGUCUUCGGCAGGCCGAGCCACCGUUGCUUCGCGUUCGAAUCGUUCGUCUGUGGGAAAAUGCUGGAGAAUUUCGAUUCUCCCAAUUUCUCGUUACCUAACGUCGACGAUAAACCGACCCGUGAGCAAUUCGAAAACCUAAGAUCCGCCGACCCGAUCCAGUACUUGACCCGGAACCCGGGUUCCUCCUUCGCGAGGUUCACGCUCCACAAGUACUUGAGCGUGGUACACGCGAAGAUGGAGUGUUCCUUCUUCGGGAACCUGAACCAGAGGAAGCUGGUUAACUCGGGCGGGUUUCCGGAUUCGGGUUUCUUCGCAACGUUCUGUGAGAUGUCUAAACGGAUCUGGCUUCUGCACUGCUUGGCGUUUUGUCUCAGUGAAAACGUCACGGUGUUUCAGCUCAGAAGAGGUUGUAGAUUCUCUCAAGUGUACAUGGAGAGCGUGAAAACAGGCGACGAGUCACUCUUCUCCGGCGAUAAUGCAGAUAUCCGGGUCGGGUUCACGGUUGUCCCCGGGUUUAAAAUCGGCGAUAUGGUGAUACAGAGCCAAGUUUACUUAUCUCCGGUGGCCGGUUUUCCUCCGCCGGUUACUUCAUGA